UAUAUAUAUCUUGUUAAUCUAGAGUCUAGUAAUAAUAACAUAGAUCUAGAUCUAUUAUUCUAUAUAGACAAUCGAGAUUCUAUUUAGAAUAUUUAGAUCGAUCAAAGCAAAGAGAGUUAGAGAGGGAUAGGUCGUCACAACAGGCUAAGUUCAAGUUCAAGGUUGUGAAGGAUUUCCCAAAUGAUCAUAAUUAUAAUACAGUAACUUACGUUUAUCGAACAAAAUGUCACGUCGUACUGAUCUCACCGGCCUUGUGCGAGGCUUGGAGCAUGUACUGAGAGAAAUUGUAGACCUGAAAGGAGGAGAUGUGAAUCGCAUUUGGCAUAAUUCUAGCUUACGGGAAGUGGCUAAAGAUGUUGGAAUUAAAGCAGAGAGCAAAUUAGAAGCUACAGUAAACAAAGGUACCUUGGAGGAACUUUUCCAGCAAAAGACAUCUCAAUUAUCACAAGUUAUUCAUCAAGUCAAACAAGAAGCAUCUACUUUAGGCUCUAAAUUACUGAAUCAAACUAAGCUCAAUGGUUCCUUGAAUCAAAGUAAUUAUGAUGGUAGUGAUCAUAAUUUUAAAAAUCUAGAACAUUUCAAGUCAGCAAAUGAAACAAAAGCUCAACAGAUAUCUCAGCCUAUUUCCACAUCUCAGAAUGAGGCUGUUUUUCCCAUACAGCCUGCAUCAUCUAUGACCUUCACAGAAUCUCUAUCACAUGAGACAGAAAUAUUUCCUGCAACUUCGCACCAAACUACUUCUGCAGGAAGCAUGGCCCUGGAUAAACAACCAUCCAAUGUUUUAACAUCAGCUAAGACAAAACUCAGGGAUUCAGUUGUCAAACCAACAAAAGCUUUUGAAAUCCUGAAGCCUCAACAGCUUAGUGACAGGGCAAAGGAAAGGCGUGUACCUGCAUCCCGCUUGAGUCGUUUAAUGAAUUAUGGAAAUCUUGCUGCUGGACUUGGUGUUGGAGCUCUAGCUGAAGUAACAAAACGCUCUCUGGGUCUAAAAAGUGAAAUCUCAACUCCAAAAAGUGUGAUGGAUUCCAGUAUAUUUCUAACUGAAGCUAAUGCUGAGCGCAUUGUCAAUACUUUGUGUCGAGUUAGAGGUGCAGCUCUGAAACUGGGACAAAUGUUGAGCAUUCAAGAUAAUUCUUUCAUCAAUCCCCAACUCCAGUCUAUAUUUGAAAGAGUUAGACAGAGUGCAGACUUUAUGCCAGCAUGGCAAAUGAAGAAAACAUUAACUAAAACUUUGGGUGACAACUGGAGGGAGAAACUGUUAGAGUUUGAUGAAAAACCUUUUGCUGCUGCUUCCAUAGGUCAGGUUCAUAGAGGAAAAUUACUGGAUGGCAGGGAGGUAGCUAUGAAAAUUCAGUAUCCAGGUGUUGGAGACAGUAUUGAUUCAGAUAUAAAUAACCUGAUGGCUGUUAUGAAGGUCUGGAAAAUUUUACCCGAAGGUCUCUAUGUUGAUGCUGUAGUAGCUUCAGCUAGAAGAGAACUUUCUUGGGAAGUGGAUUACAUUAGAGAAGCUGAAUGCUGUAAGAGAUUUAGGAACUUAUUGAAAGAUGACCCAUUUUUGUAUGUUCCAGAAGUUGUUGAUGAACUGAGUGACAAGUUUGUUUUGACUACAGAAUUAAUUGAAGGAUUUCCUGUUGAUCAAUGUUUUGACUUAGAUCAAGAGAUUAGAAAUAAGAUAGCAAAUGCAAUACUGAAACUUUGUUUGACAGAACUUUUUGAAUGGAGAUUUAUGCAGACAGAUCCUAAUUGGUCCAAUUUUUUUUAUAGUCCUCAGAAUGAUAAGUUGGUUCUCUUGGACUUUGGGGCUAGUAGAGAGUUCAGUAAAAAGUUUGUUGAUAAAUACAUUCUAGUCAUCAAGGCAGCUGCUGAUGGUAACAGAAAGGAAGUUUUACUUAGAUCUAGGGAUCUGGGUUUUCUGACAGGAUAUGAAACAAAGGUGAUGGAAGAUGCCCAUUGUGAUGCUGUUGCAAUUCUUGGAGAAGCUUUCUCUGUGGAUGUUUUUGACUUUGGCCAACAGAGUGUGACAGCCCGUGUACAGAGCCUGAUCCCUGUCAUGAUGAAACAUAGGUUAACUCCACCACCAGAAGAAACUUACUCACUCCAUAGGAAAAUGUCUGGUGCCUUUUUGUUGUGUGCUAAACUUAAAGCACAAGUUAAUUGUAAGAGUUUAUUCGAUAAAAUUUGGAAAAAUUAUCAAUUUGAAAACAGUAAUGACUUACAAUUAUAAUAGUUUAGCAACAGUAGAACUAGUAACCUAUUAGUAGUGAAUGUAAUUUAUGAUUUUUGUCUAAUUGUACUUCAAUAGUACUAACAAGCUCAGUUAUUUGAACAUUAUUUAUUUAUCUGUAACUUGUUAACUGUAAUUCAAAGGUAUUUGUGUAGGAAGCUUCAGUCAAACUUGUGGAACUGCAAGCAUUGGUGGUUUUCAGUUUUCUGGAAUUGUUGAUCAUUCAUACAAACCAGACUAUUUUCCCCAUAAAACUUGCCAUCACAUUUUGUACAGCUCAAAACUCUAAGGGCUGAACUGAGACUUAUUUUUCUAUGGUCACACUUUCCAAGCUUUUAGUACACUUUCAUCCACUAGCAGAUCUAGAACUUUUGAAGAGGGGGGUGGGGGUUCAAACCCUAACCCUAUGUAUAAACGCACACACAGAGCAUAUAGUGGUCCAUAUAACAAUUAGAGCAGUGUUUCUUAAUGUCCAUAUUACAAUUAGAGCAGUGUUUCUUAAUGUUCUGGAAAAAAAAAAAGCUAUGUUGGUGGCCCUUCUCUUGACUGUUGGGGGUCUGGCAAGCACUGUAAGCUCCUCAACUGGGGUUUGGGGUGGAGGACAGCAUUUUCUUGCAUUCUUAACUGCAGAAACACAUUUUCUUGACAUCUAAAGCUUCAUCCUAUUAAAAAACGCAGGUCACAAUUUAAGUAAAAUAAAGUAACUUGGGGGGGGAUGGGGGCAAGGGCAGAUACUGAAAUGUGACUGACAAUUAAGGCACAAGUAGUGUAAGUAUAUCUUUAUUAGGCGUAUUUAUCAUAAUAUUAUCUCAUGUUAAGUAAGACCUUUUUUGCUAGGCCUGUUUUGUUAGAUGUUAACAGAACAAUGGUUAAAUGUUUUUUGGAUAUUCUGCUGUUUUGAUGCGCACAAAAUGUCUUGAUUUUUAAGAAUGUUUUGAAUAAUGUUUUUAUUUUUUUUAAAUAUAAUAUAAAUUGAUAGACCCUUACUACAUAGCAAAUACAAUCUAUUUGUUCCUUGAAAAGAAAAGAUAGCCCUCAUAUUAAGUUGAUUUAAUUUAGAUUAAGGCUUUGAGAUCGCUGUCAAAAAAAAUUUCUUCAAAAAAUAAAAUUUGUUCAUCUUUAAGUGAUUAAUUAUGUUCAAUCUGCCUGUUUGUAACUUUGUUUUGUUACAGAACUAUAAUUCAAAUUUGGAAGAUGAAGAAUAAAUUAAUUUGACUUAUUAGAUUUUAGUCUUAAUUUUAUAUUUUUAGGAUUCAAGUAUAAAUUGUGAGUUCUAGUCACAAAGUAAUUUAUACAAUUGAAAAAUCUGAGAUUCAGUAAAGAUUGGGAAAAGGUGACAAUACUAGGGUUCAAAACACAUCUGAAUUGUUACUCAGUUAUAGUUAUAAGUUUCUUAUGCAAUCUAAAUUUUCCAAAACAAAGUUUUUCUUAAAAAAAUUAUGACAAAGUCAUGCCCAAUUACAUAGACUCAGUUGCCAUAUUUGACUAUUCUGUCCAUGGGCAGUAGAGUGAAAGCAAUUAAUCAUGUUAGAAUCCUCUCUCCAUUUUAUAAUUAUUGCUAAUGAUUGCAUUUGACAAAGAAUAGGGGUUGGGCGACUCAAUAAAAGAAUUUAAUAUAUAGAUUAUUUAAGGGUCAGAUUUUUAAUUUCUUCACUAAAAUACAAAAGAAAAAGUCUGGGGGGGGAUUGCUUUUAUUGCCCCUCCCAUGGUCUCACCUGGUACAGACCACCCUCUUUCAUUUUGUAUUCACUAAUUUGAGAUGUGGUGGUAUGACAUACUAUACAAAUGGGUUAAAAUUAUCAAUGAGUAGCUUAUACUAUGCAUACUGCAUAAAAAUUGGAUUGCCCUCCCCCCUUUUAUCAAAGGGUUAAAGUGGGUAGGACAGUAGAUGUAAUCACCCCACCCCACCGAAAUGGUCAACAUACAAGAAGGGGGGGGGGACAAAAUAUAAAGAUUGGUUAAAAUAUCAAUAAGUAGCUUUUAUCAUACAGAUAUGUAACUAAUUUGAUAACAAACUUUGAUUUCUACAACAACUUGGAACCUUCCCCCCGAAGGGUUAUGUUGCGUUGCAAUGGCCCCCACCCCACCAAAUAAGCCAAAAUGCUGGGGGGAGGGUGGGGGAAACAAUAUAAAAAUUGGUUUAAAUAUAAAUAAUUGGUAUAUAUUAUUAACAUAAUGUAAAGAAUUUGUAUACAAAUUGUGUGAAUUCUCGACUAAAAUUCCCUGCUGCCCCCCUCCCUCCCCUGUAUCUGCCAGUGCUUUUUUUUUUGUACACAAGAUUUAUUUUAUUUCUAUAUUUUGUGUUAUCUCAUUGGCUCAUUUUUAAAAAUCUGAAAUAGGAGUAAAAGGAAUAAGAUAAUUGUUUAGUUAAGUAUUAACAGCUAUUCAGUAAACUCUAAACCAUAUUUGUAUACGGUAAUGAAGUAAGCUUUGAUUUCCACUCCCCCCUCCAUGUUAUUCAUGUGCCCAACUUUCACCACUUUGACCAAGUGUAAUCAUUUGUUUUGUUUUUGUAUUUACCUUCAACUAAGGGGAAGUCAAUUGUUGCUGAAAAUGUUUGUUGAUAUGUUGUGACAUAUUGGCUCUGUUGAUAUGUUGACAUAUUUGCUCAAAUUUGAUAUUUGUUAUUGAAGUAAUACUAAUUAUUUAGUUUUUAGGAUAUAAUUAUAAUUAUUUAGUUCUCUAAGAUGAGGUAUAGUUCUUUGGAUAUAAUAAUAAUUAUUUAGUUCUUAGGAUAAAUUGUUAUUUUUUUAAACAAGCUCUGAGAAAAACAAUGUAUUUGUGGUCCAUCUCAAUAGUAUGUUGAUACAAAUUGAGUUUUUCAUGUACAACUAGAGUCCAUUAUUUGUCCUAACACUACUACAAUCCAUUCUACAACUAUUCUAGCGCCACCAAAAGGUAUUUCUCUAGAAUGAAGCUUCUUACCUAAACUAAACAUGAACUCCUCCCCACUGGUUUAUUGAAACCUGAUUUGUUGGUUAGCUAGCCUAAUGAAACAACUAG